AUGCAGCUUUCCAAGAUUCUGCUUUACUUCGGCUUGGCGGUUUCCGUCGUUGCCCAAACCAAGAUCAAAAUCAUGCCGCUAGGUGAUUCUAUCACGGAGAUUACAUGCUGGAGAGCGUUGGUCUGGGAUAUGUUGGUCAAAGAGAACCUUGCCAGCAAGGUGGACUUCGUUGGCACCAUGAGCAACAACCCAGCCAGCUGCCGGGCUCACUUAGGCUCGUUCGACCUCAAUCACGAAGGCCACUCUGGCUGGCUGUCCAUCAACAUAGCGAACCAGUAUAUUCAGGGCUGGCUCAGCACAUUCAAGCCGGAUAUUGUUCAGUUCAUGCUCGGCACAAAUGACGUCUCGAACGGCCGGGCGACGAACGAUAUUGUUGCCUCUUACACUAAGAUUAUUGGACUGAUGAGGCAGUCCAACCCUCGGAUGAAGAUUAUUGUCGAUCAACUGAUUCCCCUCUCGUACAACAUGAACGGAGUCAAUGCUGUCAACGCGCAGAUCCCGAACUGGGCCCGUUCUCAGAACUCUACCAAUUCCCCCAUUCUGCUCGCCGACUGCUCCACGGCUGCUGGCUAUACGCUUGCCAUGAACAAACAGGAUGGCGUGCACCCCAACGAGCAAGGCGAUCAGUUCAUUGCGAAUAAAGUUGGACCAUUACUGAUCAAACAUAUCAAGGAUCUUGUCAAGGAGCGAGGGCUGUAG